GUCAUUUGCUCGGUAAUCGGUUCAGUGAAAAGAUCCGACUCGUAAGAGUGAUUCAUGCGGGAACGAGUCGAUUCAUUAAUAAGAACAAAAGAAUCAUUUGUUUUAACACCGUGUAUCGCUGUAUAUUAAUUAUUCAUUGAAACAAAUUCAAAAAGUUUUUUUUGGACCAGCAGAACGACGUACUGUAUAAACAGACUACAGAAAAAGUGUACUGCGUCUUUAAGGGCAAACCCACCUAUCACUGUCAGUCUAUGAAAACCAGGAAGCAAAACACUGGAAUGGCUUUAUUUGUUAUAAAGUGAAGAUGCUGAUGCGAUAGUACUGAAUUUAAACUAUAUAACCAUAUAACCAUAUAAACAAUGCUUGUAAACAUCAUUUUGACUUUACACGUUUUGGAAUCAGUUUUUUUUGCAGUAGAAAGCAAACAGUUCAACGUUUUGUACUUAAUAGCAGAUGAUUUGAGACCGGCUUUAGGCUGCUACUCUGACCCGGUGGUCAAGUCACCAAACGUCGACCAACUUGCCUCAGUGAGCACAGUGUUUCAUAACGCCUAUGCACAGCAAGCUGUGUGUGGACCCAGUAGGGUGUCUUUCCUAACAAGUCGAAGACCGGACACCACAAAGCUGUAUGAUUUUAACUCCUACUGGAGAGUGCAUGCAGGGAACUACACUACGCUUCCUCAGUACUUCAAGUCUAACGGAUACACCACUUUAUCAGUUGGCAAAGUCUUCCAUCCUGGCAUUGCCUCCAACCACUCGGAUGAUUACCCGUACAGCUGGUCUGUACCGCCGUAUCAUCCACCCUCUUUUAAAUACGAAAAGAGGAAGGUUUGCAAAGAUAAAGAUGGCACCCUACACAGUAAUCUACUGUGUGCCGUGGACGUGUCUGAGAUGCCUCUAGGAACCCUUCCCGACAUGGAGAACACAGCAGAGGCCGUCCGCCUCCUGAAGUCUGUGAAGGACUCUCACCAUCCGUUCUUCCUGGCCGUUGGCUUCUAUAAGCCACACAUUCCUUUCAGAAUCCCACGGGAGUACCUAAAGCUCUAUCCCAUCGAGAGCAUGACGCCGGCUCCGGACCCAGAUGUUCCUAAGAAACUUCCUAAUGUGGCCUACAACCCCUGGACUGACGUCCGCAAGAGGGAAGAUGUUCAGGCGUUGAACCUGAGCUUUCCUUACGGCCCCAUUCCUAAAGACUUUCAGCUUCAGAUCCGACAGCACUACUUCGCCUCUGUGUCAUACGUGGAUGCUCAAGUCGGAAAAGUUCUGCAGGCUCUUGAUGAUUUGGGCCUCGCCAGGGACACUAUAGUGGUUUUCAGCUCAGAUCACGGUUGGUCAUUAGGAGAACACGGCGAGUGGGCCAAAUACAGCAACUUUGAUGUGGCCACCCGAGUGCCAUUGAUCGUGUACAAGCCAGGUGUGACCUCACCUUUCCCUCGGCCUGGGGAGAAGACGCUCCCCUUCAUCGACGUGUUUCGGGGCACUCGGGAGCCGUUUGGCAGAGGUGGAGUAGUUGAGAGCGUGGUGGAGCUGGUGGAUGUCUUCCCCACACUAUCACACCUGGCUGGGUUACGUCCUCCGAACCACUGCCCGUCCUCAUCCUUUAAGAUCGAGCUCUGCACCGAAGGCUCAAACCUGGCCCGUUUCAUCCGCAACUCGGAGAGAGAGAUCAAAAGAGAAGCAUACUCAUUCAGCCAGUACCCUCGACCCUCCGACUCCAUCCAGGAGAACUCGGACCUGCCUGACCUCGCCGACAUCCGAAUCAUGGGCUACUCCAUCCGCUCCACCGACUACCGCUACACCCUAUGGGUGGGCUUCGACCCCGGCCGCUGCCAGCCCAACAUGACGGACAUCCACGCGGGAGAAAUGUACCUCCUGGCCGAAGAUCCGGGACAGGACAAUAACGUGUUUGACGAAUUCGACCGCGCUACGGUCUUGCGGAAGCUCGGCAUGCUGCCGUCGUGGACAGAGAGUUUAAAGCAUCAUGUAAUGUAUCUCAGCAGCGGGGUGAAAUCAAAAAGGAUUCUGUGAUUUUUUUUUUUAGCUUGCCAUGAUGUGAAAAGGGAACACGAAUGAAUGUUAUGAAACCAGACAAACGUGACUGGUCGUACUUCAGCAAAAAAUGAAGGGAGAAUUAAAAAACGUUGCAUUUUG